AAACACAGUCCUCUGGAAAGGUCCGUCUUCUGCUUCCUCCCCUGAGCUGCUGUUGAGGUCCCAAUCCCGGACUGCCCCAGGAUCAAAGAGAAGUUGACCAGUUUGUUUUCUUCCGGCCGACGCUGGCUGCACUCACCAUUUGAAAGGGACAGUCAUGUUGACCCGAUGUGUAGUCUCCUCCGGUGUUUGCCAGUGACCGGGAGGAGGCAACAACAACACUCCCGGCCAUGGAGGCUCCAGUGCUGCUAUCUGCCAAUUCCUCCCUCUCUGGCAACGCCACGGAUUGGGGGCACCUUCUGGAUUUUGGCAAUCCAUGCCCAACAUCAGCGGCCCUCACCAUCUUCCUGCUAACUUCUUACACUGCUGUGCUGGUCGUGGGUUUACUGGGAAACAUCUGCCUGGUCUGUGUGAUCGCCAGGCAGGAGAAAAACAACGUGACCAACUUGCUGAUCGCCAACUUGUCGCUGUCGGAUCUGACCAUCUGUGUCUUCUGUCUGCCUUUCACAGUGGCCUACACCCUCAUGGACUAUUGGGCUUUUGGUGAAGUCCUGUGUAAGAUGGUGCCGUUUUUCCAGUGUUUGUCGGUGACCGUGUCUGUGCUCUCCCUGGUCAUGAUUGCUCUGGAAAGACAUCAACUCAUUCUCCGCCCCACGGGUUGGAAACCCAGUGUCCCUCAAGCUUAUGUGGCGCUGCUCCUCACGUGGAGCCUGUCCGCCGCCGUCUCCCUGCCCUUUGUGUUUUUUCAUGUUCUCACAGAUGAACUUUUCUUGAAUCUUCCUGUUCCCCUGGCGCCCCUGGUAAACGAGGCAGUCUGCACGGAGUCUUGGCCUUCCAAGGAGCAGAAGCUGGUUUAUACAACCUGGCUGCUGGGUUUCCAGUACUGUGUGCCCCUGGCUUUCAUUACAGUGUGUUACAGCAGAAUAUACUGGCGGCUGAGGACAAGGAGGGACCUGCUGGACAGAGCAGGCGAGGAGAACCGCAGCCUGCCGAAUAGCAGGCGGAUCACCCUGCUGCUGGGCUUCCUGGUCGUGGGCUUCGGGGUCUGCUGGUUCCCGCUGCACGUUUUCAACGCGGUCGUGGACUGGGAUGUGCAAAUUAUAAUGCACUGUCAGCACAAUCUCAUCUUCUCCCUCUGUCACCUCGCGGGCAUGGCUUCCACCUGCGUCAACCCCAUCAUCUACGGCUUCCUCAACAAUAACUUCAAGAAGGAGCUCCGGAGCAUCAUGCUCAGGUGUAAAUGGAGCAGCAAAGAAGAUGGUGAGCACUUCCCCCUGUCCACCAUGAACACUGAAUUUUCCAAGGCCUCCCUCAGACUGAGUUGCAGGAGUAAAUGACGAACACCCUGGUGCAAUAAAAAGCGCCAAAACAGAAAACAAGGCAUGCAAGCUUCGGAAUGUGACAGAUAAAUGUUGCCUUUCUCACUGUUUUGGUUUGUUCAGUGUCCGAUCUCACUUCUUUAACCAGGGCUGAAGUAUCAAAACGUGGUCUGUAAAAUGAAGCGUCUCUGAUAGCAGUUUAGACAUCGCUCCCCAGUUCUCAGGUUCAAUCCUGACGUAAACUGGGCUCAAAGCUUCCAUCUAUCAGCAAAUAAACCAUUUCAACUCUCCCUCCCACUCCCUGGACGACAUGUCCAUCGUGGGCCUCCUCCAGUAGCACAA